ACUCCCCAUACUAUACACCGGUCAUUCCGACCCACACUCACCGUAAACAAAAUUUUCGAACAUCGCCAGAAAUUUCACCACUACAAAACAACCAAAACCCACCAAAACCCACCAAAAUCUCCACCUUAACUAUCGCAAUGAGUCUGAAUGUACUUAGUUGGACAUCGGAUGCGUUUGCCGAGUGUUACGACUUAAUCAGUUUACAUGACGGCAGCCAUUACGAAGCGGUCCGAACCCUUAAGAAUGAUUUAGUGUCUGUAUUGGUAACACCUCCACGGAGUGAUAACUCACGAAAUAAACUUAUUGAUGAGUCCAAACCGGUGGUGUUCGGAAAUGGAGAUGAGUAUAAGUUGAACCGACCAUUCAUUGAGAUUUGUGUGUCAUUAGCUGGAGAGCUUAAUCUCGAUGAAAUAGCCGUGGCAGAAUUAGUAUACUAUGCCAAUAAUCUUAGCUUUCAAAGAGGAACCAAUUUAGGUGAUAGUGCCAAAUUAGCGUACUUCUCUCGGGCCAAAUAUAUCCUAAAUAUCGUGGGCUAUCUCGUGACCAAUCAUGAGUUGGAGUAUGUAUUGGAUACUAGCGAUUAUGAAGUACUUUUCAAUAAUAUCUUAGCUAGUUACACUAAGGUCUAUGACUUAAUUGGCAUUGUCAAUGAUCUCAUUGAUAAACAACGAGUGUCCAGUGAUAUCAACAAUCUUUCAUUUGUCAAUUCCAUCAAUUUCAUUAAGAAUCAAUUGUUUAUGGAUCAUGAACUCUUGGGUCAAAUUCUUUAUUCCUUAUUUGAUCAAUACUUUGACAACUAUGGUACCGUGACUCAUUUCACCAAAGUAGUCGAUACGGCUAAGAAAAAUGUCGUAGAUGAUGAUAAUUUAAUUAUUCAUUAUAUUCCAGGUAUACUAAAGUAUAUUAAUCAAUUGGUUAAUUCCGAUAAGGCGGAUUUAUUAUAUAAAUAUUUUACUACGACCCUCGAAACUGAUUAUAAUAUUAUUGCUGAUACUAAUAAUGAUAUAGAUUUAUCGAAAUCAAAGCUCACCGGAAUAGAUAUGAUUUCCGGAUUAGUCUUCUUCACCCUUUUCAUUGGUUGGUGUAAGCAAUCCGAAUCUCGAACUGCCAAAUAUGAUUUUAAAGAUGAUAUUCUUAAGUAUAUGGAAUGGCUUAUUAGUUAUGGAGCCUUUGAAAGAUUAUUAUCUUAUUCGGCCGAUACGGCUACUCCUCAAACGGAAGCAUUAUAUGAAAGAAGUAAUGUCUAUGACUUCCGAGCUCUUCUUCAAAAGCUCUUUCCUCGUCUUGUACCAGUCAAAUUCGUCUAUCCAUCAUCUCAAGAUCUUAUCUAUACAUCAUCAUCUAAACCGGGAUUUGAAAAUGUAUCGAUCUUAUUAGAUACGACUUCAUUCCGGGUAUCUUCCGACUUCAACAAUACCUUAGUAGCACCAUUUCUUCAUUUAUUCUUUAGUCAAUUCAUUUCUAAUGCUGCUAUUAUAUUGACAUCACUCCGAGAUUCGGAAGAAGACUUUGUCUUAUCUUCAUUAAAUGGGAAACAAGAUCCGACCGACGACACUCCCGGAUCUCUCACCAAAGAUGAUACUACUACUAAAUCAGAUGGACUUGAUUUAGAUGAAAUAGCUGCCAGAGCCGAUCUAGAACGUUUCUAUCUUGCCUUUGCUUAUACCUAUAACCACCGGCCCGAAUUGUGUGGAUUGUUCUGGUCGGAUGACGUGGCCGCCAAUGACAUUUCCGGUUUCAUAGCAUGGGGUUUAAGCAACAAUACUUCACCCUUAAUCACCGCCACUUUCUGCUUAUUGUUAGGUUCCAUCACCUGCGGAGGCAAUGACACUGCCAGCCAAAUCUGGGAGACACUUGUGCACAACAACGGGUCCAGCCUAAAGAAGAGUGACUACUCCAAGAUCUCUAUCGACUCCAUUUGUGAUUCUCUUAACUACUACAUUGACUCGCUACAAGAAUCAUUUGAAUUGGAUUUGAAUGAGCAGCUCAAACAGCGUCAGAAGAAGCACGAGUUCCGGUUUAGUAGUAGUAGUAGUGCCAAACAAGAUCUUGAUGAGUCCGUAGCCAGUCGGAUCAUUAUCGAGUUGGCCGAGGAUUCAGUGGUGUUCAUUUCCGGCUUCUUCCAAUUAGUAUCGGCCAUAGUCACCAACUUAUCAUCGACUACCGACCGAUCCCGAGAAAUCAAAUCUAUCAUAUUCAAUCGGUUCUUACCCAUAGUGACUGCCUUUCUUAAAUUUGAUAAUCUCAUUACCGGGGGUCUGCUCUUGACCGUAUUGGAUAGUACCAACAAACACGUCGACUUACCGAGGGUAUUGGCAUCGGAAGACAACAGAAUCGUCCUUACCAACUUAAUACUUAACUUCCUCGGCAGCUUUAUUGGUGAUGAUCAUAAUUUGGAUAUUCGGUAUCAAAUUUGGCGACUUGUUGAUCGUUGGGUAUAUCAUGGAUUGUACUCCGAGGGCAAUUCCGGGGUUGCUGGUACUACUACUGCUGGUUCGCGUACCAUCCCCGGAUCUGAUCGCGCUACCAGUUUGCUUCCACUGCAAAGUUCUAAACCUAAAUAUUCUACUAGAGGAAAUUUAAGAAUCCUUCAAGGCUUUGAUAUCAAUCUUGUGCAUCUCUCACAGGUGACCAACUUUGUGAAUUUAAUAGGCAAGUUGCUUGAGCCGCUUGAUGACGAUAAUGAGGCAUUCCGGCCUUACACUUUACUCUAUCCGGCAGACUUAGGAUCCGGAUAUCGUAUCAAUAAUCAGAUCGGUAUUUGGCCGUAUAUUGAGUAUUUGUUGGUCACGGUAUUUUCAAGAAGUGGUGACAUUUCCGGGGUAGAAGACCGACUUGCCUUACAAACAACCAUAGUUAAUAUUAUUACUCUGGCAUUAAAAUCGGUAGACUGGACAUUCAUUUCCGAUACGGUUCAUCAGCUUUUACGGUCUCCACCAUCGCAAGAUAUUUUCGACUCCCUCUUACCGACCGUCCGGUUGAAUUAUGACUUGUACGUCAAAUUACAUCACUCGGUGGCCAUUCUUAACUACUUAUUCUAUGAGAAAACAUGGUCGGCAUUAUUUACUAUUGUCAAUGCCGGAACUGAGGCGAUCAGUUCCAAUUCCGAAUUACGUCUGUUGGUCGAAUCUUCUUUAAUUGUAUUGGAUGAAGUGUUACAAGUGCAACAUGUGUUCUUACAUAAGCUUGUUCCCAUAUUAAAGAAUCAAAGUAAUGGUAGUAGUAGUGGAAGUGUCGGUUCCGGUACUAGUUCCGGUCCAGUCGGAUUCGGGACUAGCUUAUCUCUCGCCUUGGCAGCUCCUAAAUCCAUCUUUGAUAAUAUUUAUUUACCCAAGGCCCUCGGAACUACAGGUACUACCGAUUUCUAUGAAAUCUACUUGUAUAAUUUAGUUACGGUGGCCCAUUUCGGGCUCUAUGUCGGGAUUCAAUCCCCCGGGUCUCGUAUUGCCAGCGUAUCACUUUCAUUAUUGAAUAAAAUUCGGACAUCACCAUACUUUGUGACUAAGAUUCCUGCCUCAUUGGAUCCGGUCCUUGUCAAGAAUCGACUUCUCACUACCUUCGAGAGUAUCGACGAGUCGGAAAAGAUUAAGUAUGCCUUCAUUUCCGUAUUUGAUACUUUAGACGACCGACUUGACUUGAAAUAUAAGGUAUUAGAAUUCCUUCUUGCUAACUUAAAUCAAGCCGGAAAUGAACCCAAUGUAGCCCAUUUCCUAUUGGGCUAUGAGAUCCGAGGGGGCACACUUUCUAUCAAUCAACAACUGCAACAGAAUACCCUUUUGAAAUCGCUUCUUGAGACUUUAAGCCUCACAUUCGAUAUCAUAACUCAUUCGACGAGUAUCGAUGUCGGACCGGUCAAACUUUCAUCAUUAAUCUUAGAGAUAGUCAUUAAAUUAAGUCAUGAACCUCUCAGUUCCGGUCCGACGGUGGCGCAUUUACGAGAUCAAGAUAAUUUAUUUGAACAAUUAAUAAGUUAUCAACCAAAACUUGAUAUUGAUACUUUAUGGAAUGGAAUAGAAUUCAAUGGAGAUUUACGGGAUGGACAAGACAAUAAUUUUAUAGAAAGUUAUGAUACAGUUCAAGCGUUCUUUGCCUUUAUUAGUCAAAGAAAUUUAAUCUUACAAUACUUAACAUUAGAGUUUCAUCAUAUAACAUCUCGAUCCAAGAAAGAAUAUUAUAUGGAACUCUUACUUGAUAAUAAAGAUUAUCUUAGUGGAACUCCUAAAGUAUUAUCAUUUUUAGAUGUACUUAAUUAUAAUCUAACUAAUUUUGAAAUUCAUCAUUUUGAAGCGUUUGAUCGGAAAUAUAAUUUAUCCCUUAUACUUGAAACAGUUCAACAAGAUGAAUUGGAUCUUUCAGUACUUAAUAAAGUAUUCAAAUAUGUAUGUCAAACCCAUAAAGAUGAUAAUAAGACUCAAUUAAUGGAAGAUAUUGUAAUUGAAGGCAAUCGAAUUAAUGAGUUUAUAGUCAAAUAUUUAACCUGUACUCGAUUAAAGGAGCUUCAAUUACUGUUUUUACAUUCUUGGUGUCAAUUGGUAGAGAUUCUUAUUACGGAUCAUAAUUUAUAUUCCAAGAAAUUCAUUUUAGAGAUUUUACAAGUUAUCUUACCGAAGAUUAAUGAUUAUUUGGAGUCGGAUAUUGCAUUUUCGGAAGAAUUGAUUUCAUUAUCGGUGCUUCUUUUUGAUUUAUACGAUCAUAAAGUUAUGGCGGAAGUUAAUAGUAAAGAAGAUUUUGCCUUGGGGAUGAGACGGUUAAUUCCCUUAUUGAAAACUUCAAUUACGGGGAUCUUGAAUUCCAAUUCCGUUCCGACUUUACGUUCGGAUUUAUACAUAUUAGCCAAUAAAUUUCUUAUAAAAGUUCUUCAUAAUGAAGAAUUAGUAAUUGAAACUGCUGCUAUAAUUAAAUCCAUUGAUAAAAAGUUUAUUGAUGUAAUUACGAGUGAUGCCAUCUAUUCCGAGGGUGCCUCCCGGAUCACAUCUAUAUUAUUAUUAGAGUCAUUAGUUCACGUGUCUUCCUUAUCAGGUGAUAACUUUGUCCUUGAAUGCUUAGUUAAGAGUAAUUCUUUAUUACUUUUAAUGAGAUCAAUUAAAAGAACUGAUGAAGUUUUAGAAAUGUGUGAGAAUUCCGACCAUAAAGGGUCCGGUAUUGGUCUUGAUACAUUGAUAUACGAGCUCACUUCUUAUAAAUCAACCUUAUAUUUAUUAAUCCGAGUAGCUCAAUCCAAAGCCGGAUCUCUUCAAUUGAUUCAAGGUGAAAUCUUUUCCUUACUUAAGCAAUCUCGCUUACUUAGCUCCGAUCCCGACUUGGGAUUAACCGUCAAUAUCGAUGAACAUCAUGACUUGAACAAUGUCCGGAUCUCACUCCAACUCGAUACUCCCCUCGGACUUCGAGAUGUGACUAAAUCCAUUACUACUAAUAAAAGUCCGGAAUCAUCUAUUUCACUUAUUGAAUUGAUCAUUCCAAUCUUCCAAUUGGUCGUGACUAUUCUUUUGGCUAUGGGUCCUAGUUAUAAGCCUAGUAUAAUCGAGGGUCGUAAUUUACUUACGAAGGUAAACCGGUUAGUGGUCGGAGUCGUUAAGCGAGACUUACUUCUGGACGAUAAACCGGAUCAACCACCGACAUCAUUACAGGAACUUGUCCGACUCUUCACUUUACUUGAGUCAUUAGUUAACUACACAGAUAACGAAGAAUAGUAUAGAAUAGAGUAAUAUAACUUGUAUAGUAUAGAACCGUAUAAUAAACAGUAUAACAAACAGUAUAGUGAAUGUGG